AUGAGAGAAAGUGCAGCAUGGCCCGUGGCUGAUAGCCAGCUGUCCCCAAAGAUACUUGAUCUUCUUCAGCAAGCGGCCAAUUAUCGACAAUUGAAGAAAGGCGCCAACGAAGCCACCAAAACGCUCAAUCGCGGCACGUCUGAGGUCAUUGUGCUGGCAGCCGAUACCUCACCAUUGGCCAUCCUCCUCCACCUCCCGCUCCUCGCCGAAGACAAGAAUGUACCAUAUGUCUACGUGCCGAGUAAAGUCGCACUAGGCCGCGCUUGCGGCGUAAGUCGACCUAUCAUCGCUGCCAGCAUUACAACCAACGAAAGCAGCGAUCUUAUGCCACAGAUCCGGGAAUUGAAGAACAGAGUCGAGAGGUUGAUGAUCUAG